AGGAUUUAAACAAAACCACUUAUUAAAUCGUGUUGUUUCUCUCUCUUUCCCCUUUUCUCUUCCUUUUCUCUUGCUUCUGCCCCUUCUCCGGUGCUGCGUUGGUUUUGCUCGGAAGCCUUUGAGCUUCUGAGAUUUUGAUGCUUGAGCAGCCAGGCUCCCCGGCCGCUCAAGCAUGAUGGAGCCGCCCUGUGCUCCCUCCUCCGAUGAUCCUUCUGGUUUGUUUUCAGAUCUGGCGAUCCUCGGCUUUUACUGCAGAUCUUGGGAGGUGCUCGCUGAUUUUCCAGAUCUGGCCUCGCCGGACUGGAUCUCUGCCGCGACGUCCUGGAGAUUUUACGCCAUCCUCUCCGGAGUAAAUUGAAGGGUGUCCCAUGGCUGGAUCGGUCGACCUCAGGUUGCUCGAGUGACUUCACCUCCCUUCCUCCCACGCAUCGGGCCUACUCUGCUUUGCUUCUUCAGUUUGUUCUUAUCUUUAUCUGUUACCCUUAUCCUUUUAGAUAUGGUCUGUUUGUAGAUGCCGUAUGGCAGUUUCCUUAAUGCAAUGCUAAUUACCCUUUGUUCA